AUGACUGACGCAAAGAUGCAAGUGGAUAACCCACAGGAGACUGUGGAGGCGAUCAAGCAAGGAGAAAUUGAUGAGUCGUUGUACAGCCGGCAACUGUACGUCCUCGGUCAUGAAGCUAUGAAGCGUAUGGGAUCUUCAAACGUGCUUGUUGUCGGAUUGAAGGGUCUGGGUGUUGAAAUCGCCAAGAACAUCGCCCUUGCCGGUGUGAAGUCCCUCACAUUGUACGAUCCUGCCCCUGUCGCCAUCUCGGACCUGUCCUCCCAGUUCUUCCUCCAGCCCCAAGACGUCGGCAAGCCGCGUGCCGAGGUCACAGCUCCCAGAGUCGCAGAGCUCAACUCCUACGUCCCCGUCACAGUCCAUGAGGGCAGCAAUAUCGCAGAGAACCUCGAAGAGUUGAAGCGUUAUCAGGCUGUUGUCCUCACCUUGACUCCUUUGAAGGAUCAGCUCGCGAUUGCCGACUUCUGCCACAAGAAUGGCAUUUACCUUACUAUCACGGAUACCUUCGGUCUCUUUGGUUAUCUCUUCAAUGACUUCGGUAAGAACUUCACUGUCGGUGAUGCGACAGGUGAGGAGCCCGUCAGUGGAAUUGUGGCGGCUAUCGACGAGAAUGGCUUGGUCUCGGCUCUUGACGAGACCCGUCACGGCCUGGAGGACGGUGAUUUUGUGACUUUCUCCGAGAUCAAGGGCAUGGAGGGUCUCAACGGUUGUGCUCCUCGCAAAGUUACUGUGAAGGGGCCUUACACCUUCUCCAUUGGUGAUGUCUCUGAUCUGGGAACAUACCAGAGUGGCGGUAUCUACUCUCAAGUCAAGAUGCCUAAGUUCAUGGAUUUCGCUCCCCUUAGCGAACAGAUCAAGAAACCCGAGUUUAUCAUUUCGGACUUUGCGAAAUUUGACCGGCCACAACAAUUGCAUAUUGGUGUCCAGGCACUCCACAAGUUCGCAGAGAGCCACAAUGGCGAUCUUCCUCGCCCUCAUAAUGAUAGCGAUGCCCAAGACGUGUUCAAGAUUGCCAAUGAACUGGCUUCGAGCCUCGAAGAGAAGGUGGAGCUGGAUGAGAAGCUCAUCAAGGAGCUGAGUUACCAAGCCCGCGGCGACCUGAACCCCCUGGCAGCUUUGUUCGGAGGCAUUGCGGCGCAAGAAGUCUUGAAGGCGGUCUCUGGAAAGUUCAACCCUGUUAAUCAGUGGCUCUACUUUGACUCUUUGGAGUCUCUUCCCACCUCCAUCACCCGCUCUGAGGAGGCUUGUAAGCCUCUCGGCACCCGGUACGAUGGUCAAAUUGCAGUUUUCGGCAAGGAGUUCCAGGACAAGAUUGCCAACGUCAGGCAGUUCCUCGUAGGAGCAGGUGCCAUUGGGUGUGAGACGCUGAAGAACUGGGCCAUGAUGGGUCUUGGAACUGGUCCUAAGGGGAAGAUCAUUGUGACCGAUAUGGAUCAGAUCGAGAAGAGUAACCUCAACAGACAAUUCCUGUUCCGCAGCCGGGACGUUGGCAAGCUCAAGAGCGAAUGCGCUUCCGCUGCUGUGCAGGCCAUGAACCCUGAACUGAACGGUAAGAUUGUCACGCUCCGGGACCGUGUCGGACCCGACACCGAGCACGUCUUCAACGAGGAAUUCUGGGAAGACUUGGACGGUGUUACGAAUGCCCUGGACAACGUGGAUGCAAGAACCUAUGUCGACCGUCGUUGCGUCUUCUUCAGGAAGCCCCUGUUGGAGAGUGGAACUCUCGGUACAAAGGGCAACACUCAGGUUGUCCUGCCUCGCAUCACUGAGUCCUACUCUAGCUCCCAAGACCCGCCGGAGAAGACAUUCCCUAUGUGCACUCUGAAGAGUUUCCCCAACCGGAUCGAGCAUACUAUCGCUUGGGCCAGGGACCUCUUCCAGACCUACUUUGUCGGCCCUCCCGAGGCUGUCAACAUGUAUCUGUCCCAGCCAAACUAUAUCCAGCAGACACUCAAGCAGGCCGGUAAUGAGAAGCAGACGCUGGAGCACCUUCGUGACUUCCUGGUCACCGAUAAGCCCUUGACCUUCGAUGACUGCAUCGUUUGGGCCCGUAACCAAUUCGAGGCGCAGUACAACAACGCUAUCCAGCAGCUUCUCUACAACUUCCCGCGUGACUCCAAGACAUCCUCUGGACAGCUUUUCUGGUCUGGACCCAAGCGUGCGCCCACUCCGCUGAAGUUUGACAGCGCAAACCCCACUCAUCUUUCUUUCAUCGUUGCUGGUGCCAAUCUCCACGCUUUCAACUACGGCAUCAAGAACCCUGGCGCCGACAAGGCCUACUACAGGAAGGUUGUCGACAACAUGAUCGUUCCAGAAUUCACCCCCAAGUCGGGCAUCAAGAUCCAAGCUAAUGAGAACGAUCCUGACCCGGACGCUCCGGCCGCUGGCUCGUCCUUUGACGACAACCAGGAGAUUCAGCGCCUUGUGGACUCCCUUCCAUCCCCCAAGGAUCUGGCUGGCUUCCGCUUGAACCCUGUUGAAUUUGAGAAGGAUGACGACACGAACCACCACAUCGACUUCAUCACCGCUGCCAGCAACCUGCGUGCCGACAACUACGAUAUCCCCCAGGCUGAUCGCCACAAGACCAAGUUCAUUGCUGGCAAGAUCAUUCCUGCCAUUGCUACCACGACGGCAUUGGUGACUGGGUUGGUCGCGCUGGAGCUGUUCAAGAUCAUUGACGGCAAAGACGACAUUGAGCAGUACAAGAAUGGAUUCGUGAACCUUGCGCUUCCAUUCCUGGGCUUCAGUGAGCCUAUUGCCAGUCCCAAGGGCAAGUACAUGGGUAAGGAGGGCGAGGUUACGAUCGACCAGAUCUGGGAUCGCUUCGAGGUGGAUGAUAUUCCUCUGCAGGAUUUCCUCAAGCACUUCUCCGACAUGGGAUUAGAGAUCAGCAUGGUUAGCUCUGGCGUUAGUCUCCUGUACGCCAGCUUCUAUGGACCAUCAAAGGUUAAGGACCGUCUUCCUAUGAAGAUGAGCAAGUUGGUGGAGCACAUCAGCAAGAAGCCAGUUCCGGAGCACCAAAAGAACGUCAUCUUCGAGGUGACGGCGGAGGAUCAGACGGAGGAGGAUGUCGAGAUUCCGUAUGUGAUGGUGAAGCUGAGGAAGUAG